AUGGUCGUUUUCCCAAAAUCGCUGUCUCCGAAACACGUCCUCAAGCUCUUGAAAUCGGAGAAGAACCUGCGUAAGGCGUUUGCUCUAUUCGAUUCGGCGACUCGCCAUCCAGGAUAUGCACACUCCGCCGUCGUCUUCCACCACAUCCUCCGACGACUCGCGGAGGCGCGGAUGGUUACCCACGUGGGUCAGGUCGUCGAGCUCAUUCGCUCACAGGAAUGCAAGUGCGACGAAGACGUCGCGUUAUCGGUCAUCAAAACCUACGGGAAAAACUCCAUGCCCGAUCGAGCUCUAGAUGUUUUCCGGCGAAUGCGAGAGGUUUUCGGGUGCGAGCCUGGGAUUCGAUCGUAUAACUCUCUACUCAGUGCGUUCGUGGAGGCGGAGCAAUGGGAUAAAGUCGAGUCCUUGUUCGCCUACAUCGCAACUGUUGGCUUGGCGCCAAAUCUGCAGACGUAUAACGUUUUGAUUAAGAUGGCGUGUAAGAAGAAGCAGUUUGAGAAAGCGAAAGAGCUUCUCGAUUGGAUGUGGAAAGAGGGUUUGAAGCCGGAUGUGUAUAGCUACAGCACUGUGAUCAACGAUCUUGCGAAAGGUGGAAACUUGGAAGAUGCAUUGAAAGUGUUCGACGAAAUGACUGAGAGAGGAGUGGCACCUGAUGUUACCUGCUACAAUAUCUUAAUUGAUGGAUCUCUUAAGAAGAGAGAUCACAACAAGGCUACGGAACUGUGGGAGAGAUUGUUGGAGGACUCGUCUGUUUAUCCGAAUGUUAAGACUCACAACAUCAUGAUCAGUGGUUUGAGCAAAUGCGGAAGGAUAGAUGAUUGCUUGAAGAUAUGGGAGAGAAUGAAACAAAACGAGCGAGAAAUAGAUUUGUUUACGUAUAGCAGUUUGAUUCAUGCGUUGUGCGGUGUGGGGAGUGUUGAUCAGGCUGAGAGUGUGUUUAAAGAGUUGGUUGAAAGUAAGGUCUUUGUUGAUGUGGUUACAUACAAUACUAUGCUUGAUGGGUUUUGCCGUUGUGGGAAAACUAAGAAGGGUUUGGAGUUGUGGAGAAUCAUGGAGGAGAAGAAUUCAGUAAACGUAGUGAGCUAUAACAUUUUGAUCAAAGGGCUGUUGGAGUAUGGGAAGAUCGAUGAAGCAACAAUGAUUUGGAGGCUUAUGCCUGCGAAAGGCUACGCAGCUGAUAACAGAACUUACGGUGUUUUUAUUCAUGGGUUAUGCGUGAAUGGUCACGUGAAUAAAGCCUUGGAGGUGAUAAGAGAGGUUCAGAGCAAAGGCGGGCGUGUGGAUGUUUAUGCAUACUCGUCAGUUAUAGACCGUUUGUGCAAAGAGAGAAGACUAGAAGAAGCAUCAGAUUUGGUAAAAGAGAUUAGUAAGCUUGGCGUGGAGCUGAAUUCUCAUGUCUGUAAUGCAUUGAUUGGUGGUUUAAUCCGAGACUCGAGACUCGGUGAUGCCUCCUUUUUCCUGAGAGAGAUGGGGAAGAACGGUUGUGGACCGACUGUUGUUUCCUACAACAUUCUUAUCGACGGUUUGUGUAAAGCAGGGAAGUUUGGAGAAGCAUCAGCUUUUGUGAAAGAAAUGCUUGAAAACGGGUUGAAACCAGAUCUGAGAACUUAUAGCUCACUUCUGGACGGUCUUUGUAAAGAUCGGAAGACUGAAUUGGCCCAUGCAUUGUGGCACCAAUCUCUUCAGUCAGGUCUAGAACCCGAUGUGAGGAUGCAUAACAUUCUAAUUCACGGCCUGUGCUCUGUUGGGAAACUUGACGAUGCAGUGAACGCCGUGGCGAGUAUGGAGCAUCGGAAUUGCGUUGCGAAUCUUGUUACUUACAACACCUUGAUGGAUGGAUUCUGCAAAGUUGGAGACAUCAACAGAGCGACAGUGAUUUGGGGUUACAUGUACAAGAUUGGGUUGCAGCCUGAUAUAAUAUCAUACAACAUUAUACUGAAAGGGUUGUGUAUGUGCAGAAGAGUGUCUUAUGCUAUCGAAUUCUUUGAUGAUGCUCUAAACCAUGGCAUUUCCCCAACUGUUGUCACCUGGAACAUACUUGUUUCAGCUGUCGUGAAUCACUAA